AUGCCAGCAAUUAUAGAUGAAACAAUUGGAAUACCUUUUUCGUCAAAUGAUCCUGUAACUCAAAGUAUUAUUGAUGAAGUUCAAAAUGAACUAUUGAAUGAUGAUGCGAAUCUUGAUGAAAUUGGAGAAAACAAUAAUCCAAAUAGUUUAAGUGAAAAUGCAUGUGUUGAUACAAAUCAAAAUGAAUUUGGCGAUGUUCGUUUACGAAAACCAAUUGAUAUGAAUGAAUUACGAGAAUGUAAAGGUCAAGUAAUUGAAUUAGAUCCAGCUGAAAUUGCACAAUUAGCAACUCAACAAGCCAUGGAAGAAAAGGAAAAUAGUCGACAAAAUGAUACAUUGUCAACAAACGGUGAUCGCUUUGUUAAAGAUGAAUUAAAAUUUAAAUGGCCAAAAGAAGAUUUAUAUAAGCAACGUUUAGUGGAUGGUACAACAUCGUUUGAAGAUCAAUUGGUAUUAAUGCAUCAUAUAAUGAAAACAAAUGGUAAAGAUGGUAUAAUCAUUGUAGGUGAUAGUACAGAUAUUGGAGGUGGUAUAUGGAAAGAAGUCAUUUAUGCUGGCGUUGGUCAGUCACCUGCUCAAGGUUCAACUGUUCGAGUUCAUUAUAAUGCUUAUUUUGAAUUUUCGGAUGAACCAUACGAUUCUACAUAUAUUCGUCGUCGACCGUUUGAAUUUCGUGUUGGACGGUCGGAAGUAUUACCAGGUCUAGAUUAUGCUGUGUCAAACAUGCAACGACGUGAACGUUCAAAAUUUAUUAUUAGUAGUGAUUUACUCUAUGGUUCAGUUGGAUGCAGACCAAGAAUACCGGCAAAUGCAUGGUGUAUAUUUGUAAUUGAAUUAAUAUCGUAUAUCGAUUGUACAUUAGUCGAUGAAUUGGCAUCAAUGACAAUGUCGGCUAAAAACGAUAGUCAUGAUCAUACAGAAGAAGAUGGUGAACAACCAACGUAUGAUUUUGAUAAACGAUUAAAAAUUGUACAAACAUUACGAAAUAUGGGUAAUGAUGAAUAUGAAAAAAUUAAUUUAGAAAAAGCCAUUCGGUAUUAUGCUAAAGGCAAACAAUUCUUAUUAAAAACAAAAUUACAAAAUGAAGAUGAAGAAAAACAGUAUCAACAAAUGUUAUUGAAAUUAUAUUUAAAUUCAGCGCAGUGCUAUCUGAAAUUGAAAAAUUUCAGUCGUACAAUCAAAAAUUGUCAAGAAGCGCUAGCACUUGAUCCAAAUAAUGUUAAAGCAUUAUAUCGUAUGAGCAUGUCUUAUCGUUUAUUACAACAGUUUGAUCAAGCAAAACAAUAUUUAUGCAAAGCACUCAAUUUAGAACCAAAUAAUUAUGAUAUUAUUGAUGAAUUUCAACGAUUAGAACGUGCAGUUGAUAAUCAAAAGAAAAAUGAACAAACAUUCUAUUAUAAAAUGUUCAAUAGUAACAGUUCAUCAAACAACAAAUAA